AUGCUAGAGGACGAGUCUCGGCACAAGAGCCCCGGCUUCCGUGAACUCUGGCAACAAAAACGCGUCCUAGGUUUCUGUCUUUUAAUUUUCCUCUUGCCAGUCAAUUUCGGCUACGAACUCGCGUUGGUGGGCAACAUCAUUGCCAUACCCUCGUUCCUUCGGCGAUUUGGCGUGAGAACCUCAAGUGGCGUUCUGGAAAUCACUGCAAGAGAUCAACAAGUGCUCAAUGCCUCCACAACGGUGGGCAUCUUCGUGGCGGCGUUCAGUGCUGGUUUCAUCGCAGACAAAAUCGGACGCCGCAAGGUGGUCCUAAGUGGAUGCGUACUCUGCAUCGUGGGAAUCUUCGUUCAAGGCUUCUGCAACUCGAUCAUGAUGCUCUUUGGCGGCAAGCUGAUUAGCACGCUUGGGUAUGGGCUUGGCCACGCAUUGGCACCUGUGUAUGUUGCCGAGAUCGUACCAGACAAUCUUCGUGGCAUAUGCCUGACUUUAGUGAAUACAAUGAUAGUUGUUGGUCAGUGGUCCUGCGCCCUUGUCGGUUAUGGUGGAUCAUUUAUCAGCAAUGAUUGGGGGUGGCGCGUGCCUAUUUUGACUCAGCUCCUUCCACCAGUCUUGAUGAUCGUUUUAGGUGCGGCUAUUCUUCCUGAGUCGCCAUCCUGGCUCAUUCUGCAUGGACAUCGCGACGAGGCCAUGGUGGCACUCCGAAAGUUCAAUGGACCCGAGUACGAUGCGGCGCAAGCUGUCGCAGUGCUGGAAGCAGUCGUACAGAAGGAACGUGACUUGGCAACAGAGGGCGCUUCAUACAUCGAGUGUUUUCAGGGCGUGAACAUGAGGCGUACUCUGAUUGUCUGCAUGGUAUACAUUGCCCAGCAGUUCGUAGGAGCCAAUUUUGUAGCGGGAUAUCUACCAUAUUACUUCACCGUGGCCGGAGUCAACAAUCCGGUAGGCAUCGCUCAAGUGAGCUACGCGAUUCAGCUUCUCGGAAACUUUGUCUCACUAUUCCUCGUGGAUCGGAUUGGACGUCGCCCGAUGAUAGUGUAUGGGACUUUCGCAAUCACAGCUCUGCUACUACUAGUCGGUGGUCUGGGAACCAUGGAGAACAGUCAGACUGCAUUGAAAGCUGUAGUAGGUUUGAUGUCAUUCUGGGGAUUCCUUUUCCAGCUCACGCUAGGAGCCGUUGCCUAUGCCGUCGGUGGGGAGACAGCUACGGCUCGUCUACGCCAGAAAACGUAUUCGAUCAACGUCAUGACGAACACAGCCGCAGCCUGCCUUGUGACGCAGCUUGUACCAAUCUUGGUCAAUCCCGGCAACGCCAACCUUGGCGCCAAGGUGGCAUUUGUCUUUUUCGCCCCAUCAGUGUUCUUGUCCGUGUAUCUGUUUUUCUGCUUCCCUGAGAUGAAGGGUCGUAGCUACCUGGAGCUGGAAGCCAUGUUCCAAAUGAAGCUUCCUGCGAGAGCUUUCAAAGGUUACCGCUGUGAGAUCGAGGUGGCGAACAUCACAGAAGAGGGUGGUAAAGAGAAAGCAGUCGCGAUUAUACACGACGAGGGCCUCACUAGGGUAUGA